AUGGAGAGGCUUGACUGCACGGAACGAAAGCUGCUUAGACGAACACUUGGCUACUUUUGGCUUAGAGUAUGCCACACUGAACAUCUUUACGCAGAAAUUGAUGUGGUAUACCGGCGGAUGACACGUGGAAGAUAUCCACAUCUUGCACCACUAUCGAAAGUGGCUAAAGUAAAUCGUGUUCGCUUCUUUGGUCAUAUACUAAGGAGACCGGCAGAUCGCCUUGUUCAACGAGUUCUGAGGAGCUUGUCGGGUUCCAGCUGGAAGAAGCCACCUGGCCAGAAACGUAAGUUCUAG